UUCCUCCGAACUUCCCUUCAAUUCACUCGGAUCUCAGCUCAUGUGAACAGAACAAAUUUUAAAAAUUUUCUUUAUAUUUUAAAUAUUCCUCCAAACUUUUCCUUAGUUCAAUCAGAUCUCUAGCUCAAUAAAUCUCCCCAACUCCCACCAGAUAUCCUUGAUUAUUUAAUUUAAUUCACUUGUCAUUCACCUAAGUUUAAGACUAACAUUAAGGCAACUUUUCACUAUAAAAGCACCACAAAUUUUUUCAAAAAAACAAAUCUUCUUCUUCUUCUCUUCCGCCGACGCCAACGUAUCGCUGCUUGCAACAACAAAGAUGAUCCAUCCCAUGAUGAACAAUCCAAUGUGUGGCCCGUAUCCUGUGACGCUCCAGUGCAACACCUGUGGCGCAGAAGGUCUAACGAGGGUCGUGAAGGAUCCAAACAAUAUGUUCACCAUAGGAUGUGUCGUGAUAACUCUGCUCGGCGGCUUCUGUCUUACUCCUCUUCUCUGCUGCUGGACCUCGGCCUUCGACUAUAGCCAUCACUGCUCGGUAUGCGGAACUUUGUUGGGCGUCAACAAACAUUAAAAUGAGGAAAGAGAUGGACAAAACUUGAUAUAAAUAAAUAUAUUGUUUUGCUAUUGUAUUUUUUGUUUUGCCCAAAAUUGUUGUUGUAUUUAGCUUGUCUUGUGUA